GCCAGUCGCCGGGGGCGCGCGGGGCUACUUGCGUCACUUCCGCUACCGGGGGGCGGCCGGGCCUGGUGCGGCGGCGGAGCGGGAUCGGGCGCGCAGGAGGCGGCGAGACCGCGCCGGGCCGGGGCAGGAACACAGUGUGUUAAGUUAUCUCAGCAACCAUGCUGGCUGCCAGGCUGGUGUGCCUGAGGGCACUGCCAUGCCAGACCAUCCGCCCCACCAUCACUCAGGCUUCCCCAGCCUUGAGGAACUCCAGCAUAAAAGCAUACAGGCUGUGGCAGCCUAGCCAGAGUUAUGCCAGCAGAGCAAGAAUGGGUGCAAGGCGUGGAAAACUUGGCCAGGAUCUGAAAGACGCAGCAUUUGAGCCAUCUGCAGAUGCUGCACUUAAAGCUGAUCGCCUGGGGAAAUUCAUUCUUGCUGGAGGGGCUGCUGUUGGCCUGGGAGCCCUCUGCUACUAUGGAAUGGGCAUGUCCAGUGAGAUUGGGGCUAUCGAAAGGGCUGCUAUUUGGCCACAGUAUGUGAAGGACAGAAUUCACUCUACCUACAUGUACUUUGCGGGCAGCAUUGGCAUGACAGCUCUGUCUGCUGCAGCAGUGAGCAGAACUCCUGCACUCAUGAACCUCAUGACAAGGGGCUCCUGGCUGGCAAUUGGUGCAACUUUUGCAGCCAUGAUUGGUGUUGGAAUGUUGGUCAGGACCAUAUCCUAUGAACAGAAUCCCAUAGCCAAACAUGCUGCGUGGAUGAUGCAUUCAGGUGUCAUGGGUGCAGUGGUGGCUCCUCUGGCCUUCCUUGGUGGUCCUCUGCUGAUCAGAGCUGCCUGGUACACUGCUGGAAUUGUUGGGGGGCUCUCAACUGUGGCCAUGUGUGCUCCAAGUGAAAAAUUCCUGAACAUGGGAGCACCACUUGGCAUAGGCUUAGGUUUUGUCAUUGCUUCUUCAAUCGGAUCCAUGUUCCUGCCUCCCACCUCUGCUUUUGGCGCCGGCCUGUAUUCGGUAGCAGUGUAUGGUGGCCUGGUGCUCUUUGGCAUGUUCCUGCUCUAUGACACACAGCUGGUGGUCAAACGGGCUGAAACUCUGCCCCUCUACGGCGUGGUCAAGUACGACCCCAUCAAUGCAUGCCUGGGUAUCUACACUGAUACACUGAACAUCUUCAUUCGGGUGGCCACCAUGCUUGCAGGGGGUGGAGGUGGCAGGAAAAAGUAAACAGAGACUCAACUUUGCAACUGUCUGACAGCCUACCUAGUGCACAUAUUAAAUAAACAUUCAUGGUUAAAGCA